AUGUCCUCAAUAACCAAUGUCAUGCGUCUCCUAAACAAUGUUAUCACUGGUGAAUACCCAGAAUACCUUCCACGCUCUAGUGCAGAAGUCAUCACAUUGCUCGGAGGGUUGAAAUCCCGGGAAGAGGUUUACCUCUCGCAUUAUCGGAGAAUGAAAGGAGUCACGAACCACGAAUUGAAGAGGGUGUAUGAUUUUGUAGCAGCUUCUAUCGUAAUGGUCACAGAUAUUACCAAAGAGCUCAUGGAGUUGGCUUCUAUUGAUUCUAGGGUUAAAUCAUUCCAUGUAUAUGAGGCCCUCAGAAUUCUUUAUCUGGCAUUCGGUGCCUUUCAGAGGUUGGCCGGCAAAGUCAAAACGCUUCCCCAGCCAGAAAAAGACCGUUGCUUCGGCUACGUGGGAGGUUGCUACAACUACUCCAUUCUAUUUCAAAAACUCCUCUAUCCCGAAGACGAAUGCGAUCACCUCGAAAUCUACGCCCAAGCUCUCAGGCACGAUUUCCAAUUCUGUUUCAAGAUAGACACCGAUCAGGAUUACUCUUCGCCAGGCUCAUCUCUAAGAAACGGAUUCGAGAAAACGCUCAGCGCAUGCAUACCUCCUGCAAAUCAAAUACCUGUAUACUGUCACUUAACAGCACAGCCUGACAAGCCGGUGUGCCCGCAGUUUUAUCGAAAUCCAUAUUUUUAUGGACCAAGAAACCUUCGAAAUCAGAAUCAUGAAUCGAAUAGAGACUAUUUCAAGAUGAAGGAAGAUAGAGAGAGAGGGGUGUAUCGCACGAAGGCGGCGACGACCAGUGAUAUAAGUUACAACCAUGGAGGGAAAGUGGUUAAAGAACCGAAAGUCCAGGCAAUGCGUCGACGGAAGCGACAGAUACGCGAUCUGGAGGCAUACUCUGGGUAA